AUGGCCACUUUUGAAUGCUCUUUCGCUGGCUGCAAUGCCAGUUAUCAACGCAAAGAGCAUCUGCGGCGCCACGAAUUAAAGCACUGCCAACACCAAGCAUUCCCAUGCUCAAAUUGUGAUCGCGAAUUCGCGCGCAGUGAUACACUUCGACGUCAUGUUUGGCAGCAUCACAAGAUAAAGGAGCCCUCCGCGCGAGCCCGGCAGGCCUGUGAAGGUUGUCGAGCAACUAAAUCGCGCUGUCAAGGGGGCUUGCCAUGCAACGAGUGUAUUCGCCGCAGUAUUGAAUGCAAUUUCAGAGAUCAAAACGAAGAAGAUAAAGAAACUAGUGUACCAUUGGACCCGACACUGCUCUCCGAAAAGAGAGACCAUUAUAUCCAGCUUUACUUCGAGAAAUUCCAUCCCAAAUGGCCAUUCGUCCACAGGGGGAGUUUUGAUGUUCACCACGAAACACCACUUCUUGUACAGUCGAUGGUGGUUCUUGGGAUGUGGACUAGUGACGAAGAGACGACACGAAGGGCCGCAGUGGACAUUCAUAAUAAUCUCGACUUGGCCAUUUGCCAACAAAAGGAAAAAUGGGACGCAUCUGAAGCAGAAGAGGCUUGCAGUGACUGUCAUUGGCCAUUGCCAACUUACCAAGCCAUCCUGUUGCAUAUCAUAUUCUCAAUACUGCAUACCAAUGCAGGUACUCUCGAUAUGGACCUGCGGUUUACUGUCCCAACUCCGAAACUCGAAUUGUUGGCUAGUCUGGUGCGAAGCUGUCAAAGACUAGGCAUGUUUUAUUAUCCAAAUAUGCUUUCACGACAUCGAGAAAUUGGUGUUUCGGAUUUUAUCUGGGUGAGCAUUGAAGAGAUUAAACAAUUCAAUCUUGCGUUGUUCAAGGUCUGUGGGAAAGUGACUGUCAUUAAUGCCAGAGAUAAUGAAGAGGGUGUUGGCACUGUGUCUAUGUUCCCCGCUGAGGAAUUACAGUUUCCAAUGCCGACGAAUUGCUUCUUGUGGCAUGCUGUUACUCAGGAUCAGUGGGUAUCGAGCUUCGAAGGGACUGUUGUUGAUCUGGAUGACUUGUCACAGGAUACCUGGAUCUCGAAUUGUGCUGGGCUAUUAAAUUUUAUGUUUGGAUAUUGA